UAUAAAUUGGUUUUUACCCAGUGUGCAUUAUUCCCUCAGCCAUCUCUGUGAGAGGGAGUGACAGGUUGCGGUGGGGAUUCAGUCCAAGAAUGGGAGACGGCUGUUUAAUCAUAAAAUAAAAUUGACACCCACCGAGCCAAAAUGCUUAUGUUAUCAUUAAUUAGCUCGCGGAUUCCUCGCUCUUGUUUUCCAACUGCGUCGCUCGUUAGUCAAACGGGAAGCUGUAUGGCGUGAGUUAGCUAGCCCUCCAUUUGUCAUUCCAGAGCCCUUUUAGACUUCACAAAAUCAUUUAGAAGUCUCUGUGAUCUCGAUAACCGCAGUCAUCGAGAAACAGUUCGCCAACAACCGCUGUGAAAGUCGUGACAGCGCUGCUUGUCAUAGUUAGCAAUGUUGUUAGCCUACGAAGCGGCUAUCAAGCUUACUCCAUUACGGCAUGUUUCUGUGGCUGUAGUCAUUAACUCAGCGUUUAGACACGCUGUCAGUGUGAUAACUGAAUCCUGGGAUACCAAAGGCGGUUAAAUACACUUGUUUGAUAUACAACAGACUUGACUAAUGUGGCAAGUCAUAGUUGUGCUACAUCGUAAGUAGCUAGCUCCAAGUAUUGAGUCCAAAUCAACAAGCGCGUUGAUUUGGACCAAAAGCAAGUAAUGUUGACGUUAAGUUAUUGAUAAGACACUAGUAAAAGAUUGAAUUACCAAAUGUGAGCUGAGCAGAGCUGUUAGACUGGUUUAUUAUAGUUUAAUAAUAAACUAUUAUAAUAAGUGAUGUCAUGUUUAUGACUUGAACUUGAAAACAGAGCAAGUCAGAAGAACGCUAUAACGAAUUUUAAUAUGCUUCUUCUUUCUGCGUUUAAUAUCCACAAUAUGUCUGAUUAGGUCACCAGAGUUGUAGGGAUUUCUUGACAUUUUUAUUUUGUAUUUGUGUUAGAUUUUCUGUUCAUUUAACUUCCAGAGUUAGUUUGUUCGUUUCGGUUCACUUUUUGUUAGAGAUGUUGUAAUAUAUCAGCUGAACAAUGUUAUCAACCAGUAUCGGCCUUAUUGACUCAUAUCACCUAUUGGCAAACACAUGACAUUUACAGAUGUUUAUCUUUUAUGCAACAUAAAUUUUCCACUUAAUAAAUGUUAAAAGGUGUGAUGAAGAUUUGAAAUUUUGCUUAUUUUUUAUGACGAUAAAAGAAACAAACUAUAUGAGAUUACUUUGUUUCCUUGGUACAAAAAAGAAAAUGAAUAAAACAAUGCAAACACCUAACACUGGUAUCAAUUCCAUUGAGUCAAUAGAAAUAGAUUAACUAUGAAGCCUGAUAUGAAGCAAGUUGUUACAUUGGCUCCAAUUUCACAAGUGUUGUAUCUUUAGUUUGAAUGAGGGGUAUUUGUCUGGGGCUGAGCUUAGAAUAAGAAGUAUAUGUUGCAGACAUUUCAUAAACAAACUUGACUCACUUCGCAGGUAAAUAUGUGCUAAUGUUGUUUGUGUUCACACAUGUUACCAUGCUGAAACUGGCAAAACAAAAAAUUUCAUUUAGUGCAGAAAAUCUCAAGUUAAUUUUUGUUUAUAAAAAAAAUCUAUUUUUGUUUUACUCUUUCACUUAACUUAUUUUGUUUCACACUUAGGUUAGGUUAUUCUAGUAAAUCAAAACUAAGUUAUAACACAUUAUUUCUAUGCAGUUGUAUGGUUGUUUGCUAGUUUGUUGGUUGUAUUUACUGAGUGUGUUUAGACACUGAAAAAAACAUUUAUAUAUGUAUGUAUUGCACAUAUUGGAGGAAUAGCGAUGAUUUGAGGGGCACUGCAACAGCAACAACAUUAACAGCUAAAGCAUGCUCUUGGCCCAGAUAAACCGGGACUCCCAGGGAAUGGCAGAGUUUCAUGAUGCAGAUGGGCAGCCGGUCACACUCUGUCUAGCAGAGGCUGUGACAGUGGGAGAUGCAGAUCAGAUGGAGAGUAUGGACACAGUGAGUCUGCAGGCUGUUACACUUGCGGAUGGAUCCACUGCAUAUAUCCAGCAUGACACCAAAGGUUCCUUUUCAGAUGGACAGAUUAUGGACGGCCAAGUUAUCCAGCUGGAGGAUGGCUCUGCUGCCUAUGUUCAGCAUGUGCCCAUGCCUAAAGCGGGGGGGGGCAGUUUACAGCUUGAAGAUGGACAGGCUGUUCAGUUAGAAGACGGAACCACUGCCUAUAUUCACACACCCAAAGAAACAUAUGAUCAGGGUGGCCUGCAGGAGGUACAGCUGGAGGAUGGGAGCACCGCCUACAUUCAGCACACUGUGCACAUGCCCCAGUCCAACACCAUCCUGGCAAUCCAGGCUGAUGGCACCAUCGCAGACCUGCAGGCGGAGGCGGCAGCUAUUGACCCAGAGACCAUCAGCGUGCUAGAACAGUAUACCACUAAGGUGGAGAAUAUAGAGAACCCCCUGGGGACCUUUGGCAGAGUUGAAGCAGACAAUGGUGUCCACAUGCGGAUUGUGUUACAGGGACAAGACAACAGGCCAGGAAGGGUCUCAAAUGUUGGGGAAAAGUCCUUUCGCUGUGAAUAUGAAGGCUGUGGAAAGCUGUACACCACUGCCCACCAUCUUAAGGUACAUGAGCGUUCCCACACUGGAGACAAACCGUACAUCUGUGACUAUCCCAACUGUGGAAAGAAGUUUGCAACAGGCUAUGGACUGAAGAGUCACUCGCGCACACACACGGGGGAGAAGCCAUACAGAUGUCAGGAGUUAAACUGCUGCAAGUCCUUCAAAACCUCUGGAGACCUUCAAAAGCACACAAGGACACAUACAGGAGAGAAGCCUUUUAAAUGCCCAGUUGAAGGCUGCGGCAGGUCAUUUACCACCUCCAAUAUCCGUAAAGUUCACAUCCGAACACACACCGGAGAACGGCCAUACUACUGCUCUGAACCAAGCUGUGGACGGUCAUUUGCCAGUGCCACUAACUACAAGAAUCAUAUGCGAAUUCACACUGGUGAGAAGCCGUAUGUGUGCACAGUGCCUGGGUGUGAAAAACGCUUCACAGAAUACUCCAGCCUUUACAAACACCAUGUUGUUCAUACGCCCUGUAAACCUUACAACUGCAAUCAUUGUGGGAAAACCUACAAGCAGAUUUCCACACUUGCCAUGCACAAAAGAACAGCGCACAACGACACCGAGCCCAUCGAAGAGGAGCAGGAAGCCUACUUUGAACCCCCAACAGAUGCCAUCGAUGACCCCAAUGUGAGCUACACGACAGCUGUAGUGGAGGCAGAUGACUCCGGAUCAGAGCCGGUUCCAGUGGAAAGCUCCGACAUGGUUGGUCCGCAGCAUGUUGCCCUGGUAACACAGGAAGAUGGAACACAACAACAGGUCAGUAUCUCCGAGGCAGACCUUCAAGCUAUGGGUGGCACAAUUACCAUGGUAACCCAAGAAGGCACAACCAUAACUAUCCCAGCCCAUGAGCUGGCAACUCAGGGUGCUCACUCAGUCACCAUGGUAACAACAGAUGGCUCAGAUGAACAGGUGGCCAUCAUGACACCUGACAUGGCUUCAUUCCAAACUGUGGAGGAGGCAGGUUACAGCCAAGAGCAAGAUGAUAUUCAUCCUGUCACAUUACUGGCCACAUCCAACGGCACACACAUCGCUGUACAGCUUAGUGAUCAGCCUUCGCUGGAGGAAGCCAUCAGAAUAGCAUCAAGAAUACAGCAAGGAGAGUCACCAGGCCUGGAUGAUUGAUCGAUAAGGACAGUGAUUAUGAAUUAAGACUAAUUUCAAAUGGACUAUGUCAGUGGGAGAAAUCAUGAGUCUUCCUCAAUGUUUUUCCACAAAAGAAUUUAGCUUUUAUGUGUACAUAGAAUUUUGAUAACUGGAGUUCUGGUGUGCUAUUUUGUCCCUCUACAUAAAAUGUGAGAGGAUGAGGGGGGGUGGGGAGGGGGGGCUUU